AUGUAAGAGAGAAUAUCAAGUUCAUUGAUAUUAAAUAAAAUUUAUUAUUUAUACUAAUUAAAUGCUUCAUCAUCAGGAGAUAAGAAAUAUAUAAUUAUUGGAUUGAUUGAGAAACAUCUUCAAAAAGGAUGCAAUUCAAAAUUGGAAAGGAAAUAAUAAAAUUUUGAUUAAUAAAAUGAUCCUUUAUUUGAUAACAAUUCAAUAGGAUAUUGUUUUUGCUAAUAGCAUUAAUUUUAUGAUGCUAGAAGAGGAGUAUUUGUAAAUAGUUAAAAAUCAAAAGUAUAAUAACAUUAUAAAUCAUUCUUUCGAUUUGAAAUUAAAUCUUUGUAUGAACAUUGUUUAAUUUAGAACAAAGAUAAUCACUAGAUGAGAUUAUUAUAUGCUAGACAUUUAUUUUUUUCAAUUUAAAAUAAAUCAUAGGCUUUAUUGUAGAUGUCUAUUUUAAAGUAAAAGUUCAACAAAUUAUCAUUUUUUGAGAAAUUAGAUUUUCAUUUGAUGCUAAUGAUGAUGGAAAAUAAAAUUAUGAUUUAGAAUACAAAUAGUUAUCGUAAUUAUCUAGAUUUUGAAUAUGUGAUUGAAGUAGAGAUGAUUAUAAAGAAAAUAAAAAUAAAGAUAGUUGAUUUAAUUUAAAACUAUUUGAAAUAUUGGAAUAUAGUGAAUUUAGAAAAGGUAGAGGAAUCCGAUUUGCUUAAAUUAGAUAAUAAAAUAUAGAUUGGAAUAAAUGAAUGCGAAAAGCUAUGGUCCAAAAUUAAUCAUUAUAAUAAAGAAUUUGAUGUCUAAUAAAAUGAAAUAAAAUAUCUAAGUAAAAAACCAUAAUGGGAAUUGUUAUAUUUAUGGUAUAAGAGAUACAUUCUAAAUUAAAAAAUGAAAGGUUAAAUCUUUGAUUAUCAUCCAACAAGCAAUUUUUAAUAGAAUUAUUGUGAUGAAGAUUCAGAUUCUGAUUAUGAAAAUCAUUUUUUAUAGGCUUUUGAUCCUAAAAAGGUUUUCCAUUAGAUGACAUCCAUUAUCUUUGCAAAAGAAAACGGAAAUGUUGUUAAAUUUAAUGAAUAUUCAAAAUAGAUUUUUGGUAUACAAGGAUUAAUUAACAUAAAUUAAAUUAUUCCUAAUUCUAUGAUUCGAAAUCAUAUGUUAAGAGUGAAAGAAUUUGUUGAGAAAGGAAAGACAAGUUCUUUAUAUUCAAGAAAAAAAGUACUAAUCCAACAUCAUAAUUCAUAUCUUAUCCCUGCAAAUAAAUACUUAAAAAUAUCCAUUAACUAGUUCAUGUUAUUAGAAUUUAUUGUUAUGAUUAGACCUAUUUAACACGAAUCAUCAGGCAAUUAUUUAGUUAUUAAUGAGGAUUGGGAAAUAGUUUAAGCAACCAAAUAAUUAAAGAAUAUGUUUGAAUAAUAAUUCAAUCUUUUAUUAAGUUGUCCUAAACUAUUACUAUAUUCUUAAUUUCAGAAUCUCCUGGAAAAAGAUGAUUAUUUGUUAUUUCAAAUUGAAAACAAUAAAAAUUAUGGUUUUUCCAAAUAGCAAACUACUCAGAGUGAUUUAUAAAGAUAAAAAAGUAUGCUAAAUGAUAAUGUAUUUGAUGAAGUAGAUUAGGAUAAAUAAUUUACUGAACAAUUCAUAAAAGAACAUGAAGACGAUUUGGAUGAACGAUAACGAUUAUUGAAUUCGAAUCUUCAAAAUCAAAAUGAGCAAUAUUUUUAAAUUUUGAUUAGAAUUCCUAUGUUAUAUUAACGAAUGCAAGCGGAAUACUUUAAUCUAAUAAUUAAUGCUGAGAAAGAGAAUUUUUAUGAUUAUCCAGAAGAUUCAAUUAUGAAAAAACAGAGCAUUAUUAUUAGAAAUGGAAGAAAAAAAAUUGCUUUUAAUUUUAAAAUUUUAGUUGAGAAAAUCAACUUUUUAAAAAAAUUACGAUUAGUUUCUUAAUUAGAAGUUUAUAGAUAUCUUUAUAGGAAAUAUUUUUGUAAAGCUGACCAAUUAAAAAGAGUAAUUAGAAUAGAUGCAAAAAUUAAAGUUGAAAAAAAUUAAUUAAUUGAUAAAAUCUAAAUAAUAAAAAUCAAUAGAUUUGAGACUUUCAAUAAUAUUAAAUCUAAAAGAUAAUCAAUGUUACUUAAAGGAGACGUCAAUAGAAAAACUCUUAGAAUCAAAUUAGAACCAUAAUAAUAAUAAUUCUAAAAAUAAAUUUCAUAACAAUUUGCAAAUUUGCCAUCUCUAAAGGAUAUUAAAAUUCCUUCAAAUGAAAAUGUAUUAAAUAAUUCAUGCAGAGGUUUAAUAAAUGAAAGUCAGAUGAAAAAUGAUUUUAAUGAUUCAAUAGCCUAAGAAAUUUCAAUAAAACCUGAUUAUAAUAUUUUUAUAAAGGAAGAUCAUAACAAAAUCAAAAAGCAUCUAAACAAAAUUAAUUAUUUUAAAUGGACAAAUAGAUAUUUCAUGGUUGGGAUGAUAUUUCUUACUAUGUUAUCGUUUUCUUAUGGACCUAAUGUAAGUUACACUGAUUUAUUCCUUUUAAGAGCAAAUUCAAGUUACACUUCGGUUCUUGUAGCUUAAGACGUUUCAGUCAUUUAUAAUCAGUUAAUUGAUAUGGCACUUUGUAAUAAAAAUGCCACAUUAUGCUCUAAUAUAAUUUAAUAUACAAACAUAUAUGAUUAAUAAGAACUAUUGGAUUAGAAAGUCUUAUUAGAUUUGCUGAAUGUUAAUAAAAGUUUCAAUUAAUUUUAUAGAGAUAAAUAUAAUAUAUAAACUAUCUACUCUACUAUUAUAAUUAAGCAUGAUAAUGAAAUCCAUUAAUAGAAUUUAUUAGAAGAUAUAAAAAAUUUUUAAGUGUUAUUAGAAUAGUUACUGAUUUCAAACUUAUCAUAAAUAACUUUUGAAUUUGAAUAUUAUGAGAUUUUACAAGAAGAUUUGAUGCCAGGAUUGUUUGAAAGCUUGAGUUAGAUUCAAAUUGAUCUACUUGAUGAAAUAUACUAAGAAUUUGAUUUUAGAUCUGUAUUUUUUUUAGUUGAUAUGAUAUCUGGCUUUAUGUUUUUAGGGACAUUGAUGGCGAUUAAUUUUUUUAAUGUGUUUAAAAUAAUUGAAUAUUAUCAAAUUAUGUAUAGUCAAAUAUAGUAUUUUGAUUAGCCUACAAUUGAGAAUGUAAUAAAAUAUUAUAAAAAACUAAGACAAUAUUUUAAUUACUUUAAUGAUAUUCACACAUAUCAAACCAAUAAUUAUAUUUCAUUUUAAUCAGAAGGGUUUAUAAAGGCUGAAGCAGAUUAUAAAAUGACAAUGGCUUUAAAAACCACUAAAUUUAUUGUCUCAGAUUAUUGGUUUAAAUUAAAGUUAAGAUUGAUGCUAUUAUACUUUAUACUUAUGUUCCUUUUGAUUGUGAUGGCUCUAACUUACAAUAUUUUUAUGCAAAAGUAUGCCUAUUAACUGAAAAUUGAAAUAUCUUAAAACCCUUUUCUAUUCGAAAAUACUAGUCCCUGGACUUUUACUUUCUCUAAAGAAUUAUACAUUGAAUCCUUUUAUGAUAUUCAUAAAAUAAUAUCGAAUGAAUAUCAAGAAUACUUAGAAUAGUUCGUUGUAGAUGCUUUGGAUACAAAUUCUAAUAGACUAGAAUCAAAAUAAUCAUUAAUUGACGAUUACUAUUACUCAGAUAUUUGCAACUUACUUAAUUUUUAGAAUUAAACUGAAUGUUAGAACAUUGCGGAUGGAAUAUUAAAAAGAGGAUUGCAACAAACCUAUUAUUAAAUGGCUACUCUGUUUGAGAGUCAACUUGAUGAAAGCAAAACGAAGUUCACAGAAAUAUCUUUUGAUUCAAUCUAUAAUUUGAAUUUAUUAUAACCUUAUAUAUUUGCCAGUCGGAAAGAGAUGUGGACGAUAUGGAUAAAUAAGUUUUAAGAGAUUUUUUCUUACUAUGUAAUCACAGAAACACAACUAAUAAUUUGUUUCUACAUUUUUUCCUUUUUGAUAUAUUUGGUUACUUUGGAACUGUACUAUGAAUAACAAUUGAGGAUUGAUUAUUAAAAAGUAAGAGGUUAUUAUAAAAGAUAUUUCCCUAAUAAUAUUUUAAAUGAAUAAAAAAGAAUAAAAGCAAUUCUUAAGAAAUUAUCUCUAAUUGGAUGA